AUGAAUAUGUUCAUGAAUCCUGCAAAGCGCUUCGACUCUGCAGCGCACCUUAACGAUGGGAAGGUGCACAUCCUCUUGGCGGCAAGUGGCUCCGUCGCUACAAUCAAGUUACCUUUGAUUGCCCAAGCACUUGCUCGAUACGAGAACGUGUCUAUUAGAAUCAUAAUGACUGAGAACGCUCGAAACUUUCUCCAAGGCCAAGCUGAGGAACAGCCACAUCUAGAUAGUCUCGUCAAGGUUUCAGGUAUCGAUGGCAUUUAUUUCGAUCCUGAUGAAUGGUCAAAGCCGUGGGUGAGAGGUGACAAAAUAUUACACAUUGAGCUUCGGCGAUGGGCGCAUCUCUUGUUGAUCGCUCCACUGUCAGCUAACACAAUGGCAAAGAUGGCAAAUGGCAUGAGCGACAACUUACUACUGAGCGUUAUCCGAGCAUGGGACACCACAGGCAUGAUUGAUAUGCAGAAGAAACACAUCAUGAUUGCGCCAGCCAUGAACACUGCAAUGUGGAGGCAUCCCAUCACGAAAAAACAGCUAAGAAGUAUUCAGCAAGACUGGACCGACGAUGAAGAGAGCUCGGUUAUCACGCUGAAGCCUGUUGAGAAGGAGCUCGCUUGUGGUGAUACUGGUGCUGGUGCCAUGAUGGAUUGGAACCAGAUUGUGGCUCGUGUUGUUGACCACUUUCAACUGCAAAAACGGAUAAACGGUGUUACAUGA